UUAAGAAAUUUUCAUUUCUUUAAAAUAACUAAUGAGAAAAUUUAACUUUUGACGUCUUCUACAAUUUUCAAUGAUAUAUGAUAUCCCCCAGUUAAUUUUGUAAUCAUCUUGAAUGUCAAUAAUGAUAUUUAGUACCCUAAUCACAAUUCGAGUAUAUUUGACGUUUAAUCUAAACCUACGUUUUGUUUUAAGAGGUCGUAAUUUAGAUUUGAAAUAUCUAAUUUUAAACGAAAAAUAUUAAAUCAAUAUAAUUAAGUUGAGAAGUGUACAUUAUUUUAUAAUUAUUUUUUAAGUGAAAACAUUUUUUAAAAAGUAUACAUAUGUAUAACAGCUGAUAACAUUAUUUAUGUGGCGGUACUCAGUUCAUUCACAUCGCACUAGAUGUCUGGAUCUAAAACCAGUUUUGUAUUUUCCUCAAAAAGUAUAAGAAUUAAUUCAAGUAUCUUGCAAGUAACAGACAUGUUUAAAUCCUUGUAGUGUCAGUAGUUUAUCAAGUUACACAAUAAAAAAAUAAUGGAGAAAGUAUUGGAAAAAUGUAAGAAUGUGGUGAAACUUACUUCAGUAGAGCCAACAAUGUGGCUCUACAUGAUGGCGUUCAUGACUACUUCUGUAAUUGAACAAGCUUUCUUUGUUUAUAAAGCCUGUCGUACAGAUCAUGGACUUAGUGAAGAAAUCUGUAGGAAUAUAACAGCAAAUGAAACAAUAAAUACUGAAGUACAACUUACUGUAUCGGUAUUUCAUCAAUGGAAUGGAAUAGCCUCUCAUGUAUUGCCAAUAAUUUUAGCAUUUUUUACCGGCAAUUGGAGUGAUCGUCGAGGAAGAAAAUUACUUCUUAUUCUCGGUUUAUUUGGCAAAUUUAUCUACUCAUUCAUGAUGGUCAUUAACACUCUAAUGUCAUCAUGGAAGAUCAAUAUGAUAAUGUACACUGCUAGUAUUCCAUCCACCGUAUUUGGGGCAGACGUUGCAAUUUUUGCUGCUUGCUUCGCUUAUAUUUCUGAUAUCUCAAGUGUUGAAGAGAGAACUUUUAGGAUUACUAUUUUAGAUGCCGUAUAUUUGAGUGCAAUGCCUAUGGGUAUAGCCCUUGGUUCUUUUUUAUUUAACAAAGUUGUUAAUCAUUCUUACACAAUCAUGUUCAGUAUCAAUUUGUCCCUGAUAGUGUUAGCAAUUAUUUAUUCUUUUUUAAAUCUACAAUGGCAAACUGAUGUUAAACAACAGCCAAUAAAAGGAACCAACGUGUUUCUAGACUUUUUUGACAAGAAACAUGUCAUUGAAACUUUGAAAACUUUAGUAAAACAUCGAGAUUCAAGUGGCAGACUUUGUCUGUGGCUUCUGUUUUUAAGUAUGUCACUUUAUGCAUUUCAAAGGGAUGAGAAACCAAUGAGCUUCUUGUAUACUCAACUUAUGUUCAAAUGGAAUGUUGCGGAUUUCAGUCAUUUUCGAAUGUUCCAGUCAAUUCUUUUUGUUAUAGCUAUGCUGCUUGGUGUACCAAUAAUGAGUAGAGUAUUAAAAAUGAAGGAUACUUGGAUUGUGGUAAUAGGCACUCUAUCUCAUUCUUUAGCUAGAGUAAUUUUUAGUCUUGCUAAAAAACCAAUUAUCUUUUAUGUAGGCAUUAUUUUUGGAGCAUUUGGACCAAUUGUAGCUCCAGUGUUAAGAUCAAUGAUUUCAAAAGAAGUUCCAGCUGAAGAAAGAGGGAAAAUUUUCUCCAUACUAUCAGUUUUUGAUAAUGCCGUACCAAUAGUCAGUGGAGUUAUGUACAGUCAAUUGUACAAUGCAACUAUACACAGUAUGCCCAGUGCUAUUUAUUGGCUAACAAUUGGUUCUCAAGUUACCGUUUUAUAUCUAGUACUAAUUAUUUAUUUCUUUCCUGAAUUUCAUAGGCGGAACAACGAACAUUAGAUCUUGGGAUCUAUUGUUUUAUUCAAAUUUUAAAAAAGACACAAAAACCUCUAUUAAGUUAAAGCUCAUAUUUUUGUGUUCAUUUUAUGAACAGUUGGCUCGUGUCAUAAGUAUUAUAAAUUGCAUUUUUUUUUUUUUUAUACAAAAAACUUUUUACAAUUUUAAAAACAAAUUUAAAGCAUGAAAAUACGUAAUUUACUUUUAUUAAUGAAGUUCAAAUAUAUACUAUUGAUUUUGUGUUUGAAAAUAUUCGGUAUAAACCGAAUAAAAAAAUAUGAUUGAUUAAUUGAGGGUGCAUGCAGUUAUAAUAGCAGAAGAUGACUGAAAAAAUUACUAUAUAAUAUAUUAUUCACUGUUAAAAGACGAACUACUUUUAGUACUCACUUGGAAAAUUUAUGUACAUACAAUUAUAAAAUCGAGACUUAUAUGUUGAUAAAUAUUAUGUCAAAAAUUUUUAUACCUAUAUUUUUCUAAGAAGAAAAUGUUUAUAUACAAUUUACAAUUUUUUAAAUAUAAAAUCUUACUUUCCGAUUAAAA